UACAGGGCGUUCUGAACGGGCAGCAUCAGUGUGUCUCUUGCGCAUGAUCAGCUGUCUACGCAUCCCUUCUGCCGGGAGUCAACACAUAUCUCAGCAUCUCUCCGCCAGAGACAGAAAGAAAAACACCCGCUCUCCUCCGCUAAUUGAGGCACUGAUAAGCCUGUUCUCCUUCCUCCUGGUGUGGUUCUGAUCUGGUUCUGAUCCGGUUUGGUUCAGUUCUGAUCGGAGCGUGAGAAUGGUGCAUUUGCUGAUUCUGUUGAGCCUCAGCUCAUUAGCUCUGAGCUACGCUGUCGGCGGGGACGUGUGCAUAACGGGUCAUGACAGCGGGCCAGUGUUUGAGGAGCAGCCCAGCAGUGUGGUCUACCCAGAGGAACUCAGUAAGGGAACAGUUACUCUCAACUGCCAGGCUAGAGCCAGCCCUGCUGCUAUGUACAGGUGGCGUGUGAAUGGUACGAAUGUCCCGGUAGGGGACCCCCAGUACACACUGGUAGCCGGUAACCUGGUGAUCAGUGGUCCCCUGUACGGCCGUGAUGGAGGCUCCUACCAGUGUCUGGCCAUCAACCGCUGUGGCACCAUACUCAGCCGGGUCGCCAACCUCAAAUUCGGCUACCUCCAUGACUUCCCUGGGGAAGGGCAGAGCCCACAGACAGCUUACGAGGGUGCAGGUGCCUUCCUGGCCUGUCAGGCCCCCGCCCACUACCCAGCGCUGUCCUACCGCUGGAUCGUUAACGAGUUCCCCAGCUUUGUGAAGCCUGAUGGGGGUCGGUGGUUUGUCUCCCAGGUAACGGGCAACCUGUACCUGGCCAAGGCGGAGCUUAACGAUACAGCAAGCUACUUUUGUUUCACCACAGUCAACAUGGACAUCAGCACCAAGAGUACCUUCAGCAAGGCCAACCAGCUCACCGUACAGCCACACGCCAAUGCCAGGAAGUCAGCUCCUGCUAUCAAAGUCCGUUUUCCAGCAGAGACCUACGCCCUGGUAGGACACACCACCCAGCUGGAAUGCUUUGCCUAUGGAAAUCCCGUCCCAAAGUUGCGUUGGAGGAAGGUGGAUGGUCUGUUGCCGUCUAAGUCCGGGGCCAGUGCAGAGGGACCCAUCCUCACUCUGCCUGAGAUGACCUUCCAUGACGAGGGCAUGUACGAGUGUGAGGCCUACAACUCUGAGGGCCGCGACACACACCAGGGACGCAUCACCGUGCAAGCCCAGCCAGAGUGGCUGCAGGUGAUGAGUGACUCUGAGGUGGAGAUCAGCUCAGAGCUGCACUGGACCUGUGUGGCCGCUGGCAAACCAAGACCCUCCAUACACUGGCUACGUAAUGGACAGCCCCUUAGCACACAGGACCGAGUGGAGGUCAACGGGGGUCGUCUGAAGAUCAUCAACCUGGCACUGGAGGAUUCUGGGAUGUAUCAGUGUGUGGCUGAAAACAAACACGGCACCAUCUACUCCAAUGCCGAACUGAGGGUGCAAGUCCAGGCCCCAGACUUCCGCUCCAACCCAGUGAGGAGGUUGGUCCCAGCAGCCCGAGGGGGGCAGGUGAUGUUGGAGUGUCGGCCGCGAGCCGCCCCAAAACCCACCCUGUUCUGGAGCCGUGGCACUGAGCUCCUCACCAACAGCAGCAGGGUGACAGUGACUCCAGAUGGGAUCCUGUGGAUCCACAACAUCAGCAGGGCAGAUGAGGGGAAGUACACCUGCUUUGCUGAGAACUACUUGGGCAAGGCCAACAGCACUGGACACCUGUCAGUUAGAGAUGCCACUAAGAUCACCCUGGCUCCCUCCAACGCUGAUAUCAACCAGGAGGAGAAUGUCACGCUGCAGUGUCACGCGUCACAUGACCCCACCAUGGACCUCACCUUCACCUGGGCUCAUAACGGAGCUCUGCUGGACCUGGAGGACCCCGCUGGACCGUACCACCGUGUGGAGGGGAAGGAGACCAUAGGGGAUCUGUUGAUAGUGAGUGGUCAGCUGAGUCAGGCAGGUACAUACAGCUGUACAGCUCAGACCGUGGUGGACAGCGCCUCAGCCUCCGCUAAACUGGUAGUCAGAGGCCCCCCGGGACCUCCUGGUGGUUUAGUGGUGAAGAAUGUUGCCGAGACGUCGGUGGAGUUGCGGUGGAGUCGUGGCUAUGACAACCACAGCCCCAUCGGGAAGUAUGUCAUCAUGGGUCGCUCGCCACUGUCAUCUGGAUGGAGGACGAUGAGGACAGACCCAUCUAACAUUGAAGGCAAUGCUGAAUUGGCUCGUGUGGUUGGCCUGUUGCCCUGGAUGGACUAUGAGUUCCAGGUCAUCGCCAGUAACAUCCUGGGUAGUGGAGAGCCUAGCAUGUCCUCUCACACUGUACGCACCCAGCAAGCAGCUCCCACAGUGGCCCCUAGUGGACUAGGUGGAGGAGGAGGAGACCGCAACGAACUCAUCAUCACCUGGACCCCCAUGGCCAGAGAGUACCAGAAUGGAGAUGGCUUCGGCUACAUCCUGGCAUUCCGGAAGCGGAACUCUCCGACGUGGGUGGUGGAGCGUGUUUCUAAUGUGGAGUCAUCACGCUACGUGUACUCCAACCAGAGCCUGUCCCCCUACUGCCCAUUUGAGGUGAAGAUCAAAGCCUACAACCGUAAAGGAGAGGGUCCCUUCAGCCAGAUCGCCCUGGUGCACUCUGCAGAGGAGGAGCCCACGGUGGCGCCCUCGAGGAUCAACGCCACGGCUCUGACGGCAUUCGAGAUGCAGGUGUCGUGGGACCCCGUCCAACACCUCAGCGCCAACGGCAUCCUCAGAGGUUACGAGAUCCGGUACUGGCGUCAGCAUGAGCGGGAGGCAGCUGCAGACCGUGUGCGUACAGCUGGGUUGGAGACAACGGCUCGUGUGGCAGGACUGAGACCCAGCACCCGGUACCAUGUUACCGUGCUGGCCUACAACAGCGCUGGCACAGGACCAGCCUCACCCAAAUCCACUGUCACUACCAGGAGACCACCUCCUAAUCGUCCCCCUGGUAAUGUGUUCUGGAAAACUGAUGGCUCAUGGGUAACUGUAAGGUGGGAUCAUGUCAAGGCCCUAGACAACGAAUCAGCUGUACUGGGCUACAAGGUGCUGUAUAAGCAUGAGGGCCAGUCUGCACUAAAGGUUCUGGACAAGGGGAAGACGUCUGUCACCCUGCCCCUACCCAAAGACAACAGCUAUGUGGUCCUGGAGAUACGCUCCUGGGGGGAGGGCGGAGACGGAGCCGCACACGAGACCAUUGUCUCCCGCGACUCAGGAACUGGAAUGAUGGUGCAGAAUCAAGCAAGAUCCCCAUGGUCCAAUCACGCUCCUCUCCUUCUCACCGCCACACUCUCCCUCACUCUCAUUGGCUUACUGGACCUGUGAUCUCCGCCAAUCCCUGGACAUUAUGGUUUCAUGGUCUAAGCCUAAUGUUCAGAUUCACCUAUCUAUCGUUGUGGCGGGGGGGAGAGGGGAAUUUGAACAGGAGGACAGGGGUGUGGGGGUGUGGGGUAAUAUUUUGAAGCAAGGAGGAUGGGGGGCGUUAAAAUGACUAAUGGUGAUUUUAUUCUUCUUUUUAUAAGAACAUCAAAGCGGGAAUUUUUUUAUGUGUGUGUGUCUAUGGGUUUCAAGGGGUCAGACUACCUGAUUGUCAAUUACGUUGGUGUCAUUAGAACCAUUCCUUAUGGGGACACGAUAGGCUUUUGUCCUUCUCCGUCACAGCAGCAGGGCAACGCGUCACACUCUCCAUGUCUCCUGGCUUCCCCUACUCUGCUAUGAACCCUAGGCUCGAUAGCGUAUGUCAGUAGUGCUUUUUGAAGUCUGUUCGGCUUCGUUUCGUUUAAAAAAUAAUAAUCAUGGUUUUCGAUUUCGGUUUCAAUGUUACAUUUUUUACAAUAAAUGCACUAUGCAUUA